GACACCUUACUCCAACACAGCCGAGGGUUCAAUCCCCGCCACCGGCACGACAUUAGGGCAAACCGUGAAACUUUUUGCUUUCUAUCAUAGAAAACGAGCUUUAAAAUCAUUGCUCCGGUGUCCGGCCAGUGAGAAAUUUUGGCUUCCGGCGAAGGAUUCCGAUGGGGAAGAACGAGUUUCUGACUCCCAAGGCUAUAGCGAAUCGAAUUAAAGCCAAGGGUCUCCAGAAGCUGCGAUGGUACUGCCAGAUGUGCCAGAAGCAAUGCCGGGACGAGAACGGCUUCAAGUGCCACUGCAUGAGCGAGAGCCACCAGCGCCAGAUGGAGGUUUUCGGCCAAAAUCCGAACCGGAUCGUUGACGGCUAUUCCGAGGAGUUCGAGUCCUCCUUCCUGGAGCACAUGAAGCGCAGCCACCGCUUUAGCCGCGUCGCCGCCACCGUCGUCUACAACGAGUACAUCUCCGAUCGCCAUCACGUUCACAUGAAUUCUACGCAGUGGGCUACGCUGACCGAGUUCGUCAAGUACUUGGGGCGCACCGGCCAGUGCAAGGUUGAGGAGACCCCCAAGGGGUGGUUUAUUACGUACGUCGAUAGGGAUUCCGAGACCCUUUUCAAGGAAAAGAUGAAGAACAAGCGAAUUAGGGCUGAUAUAGCGGAUGAGGAGAAGCAAGAGAGAGAAAUUAGGAGGCAAAUCGAGAUGGCGGAGCAAUUAAAGCCUUUGGGUAAUGAGACAGCUGAGCCAUUGGAAUCUGAGCCAAAGGUGCUGGCAAAAUCAGAGAGUGGGGAAAAGAUUGUGCUUAGUCUAGGCGCAUCCUCUAAACCUGUUGGUAGAGAGAGAGUUGGGAGUUCUAAGUUGGUUUUUGAAGAACCAGAAAUUGAUGCCAAGAAUGGGAAAGUUAAACAAAACGGGAAAUCAGGAAAAAUAGGGGGUGCAAGUAGGACGGCAUUGGAUGAUUUGAUGAAAGAGCAAGAGAAGGCCAAGGAACGGAUUAAUAGGAAGGAUUAUUGGUUGUGUGAGGGAAUUAUCGUGAAGGUCAUGAGCAAGGCGUUGGCUGAAAAGGGGUACUAUAAACAGAAGGGUAUUGUCCGCAAGGUGAUUGAGAAGUAUGUUGGGGAAAUUGAGAUGCUUGAGAGCAAGCAUGUGCUGAGGGUUGAUCAGGAAGAGCUCGAAACGGUAAUUCCCCAAAUUGGGGGGCUUGUGAAGAUAGUUAAUGGGGCUUAUCGUGGAUCAAAUGCAAGGUUACUAGCAGUGGAUACAGAUAAUUUCUGUGCCAAGGUUCAGAUUGAGAAAGGAAUAUAUGAUGGCAGGGUGCUCAAUGCUGUUGAAUAUGAAGAUAUUUGCAAAAUAGUUCAAUGAGAUCGUGUAUGGAAUUUUAUUGUUUUCCAUAGUGCACUAAGUCCUUACCUUACUAUUACUUUAGAUUGAUAAAUUGUGGUAUGCAAUUCUGAUUUCAAUCAAAAUAAUUUCAUGUUUUGUUGUAAACAUGUUUGUCAAGUGUGCAUGUAUCUUUUAUGAAUUUAGUAAAAUGUUGCAUUUGAGAUA